AUGGCCAAGUUUUCAGCCCUCUGCUCGCUCGCCCUCCUCGGCCUGGCCACGGCCCAAAAGCCAGUCGGGACCGAGACGCACGAGAAGCUCACGACCUUUCGCUGCACGGUGGCGGGCGGGUGCGUGGAAAAGACAAACUACAUCGUCCUGGACUCCAUCACGGGCCACCGCAUCUACCAGCCGGCGGCCGAGACGCUGGACUGCGGGGCGCGGGGCGCGGCGCCAAACGUCACGGCGUGUCCCACCAAGGAGGCGUGCGCGGAGAACUGCGCCAUGGAGGGCCGCACGGACUACGGCUCCCAGGGCGUCAGCACCGACGGCGCCAGCCUGCGGCUGCAGAUCCUGCACGACGGCAAAAAGGUCGCCCCGCGCGUGUACCUGCUCGACGAGACGGAGGCCAAGUACGAGAUGCUCAGGCUGACGGGCAACGAGUUCGCCUUUGAAGUCACCAUGGAUAAGCUGCCUUGCGGUAUGAACAGUGCGCUGUACCUGUCGGAGAUGGAGGAGGAUGGUGGCAAGAGCGAGCUGAAUCCCGGUGGUGCCCCUUGGGGGACUGGUUAUUGCGAUGCGCAGUGUUACGUCACCCCGUUCAUUAACGGAGAGGGAAACAUCAAGGGCAACGGUGCCUGCUGCGCUGAGAUGGACAUUUGGGAGGCCAACAGCCGCGCCACCCACAUUGCUCCUCACCCCUGCAGCAAGCCUGGCCUCUACUUGUGUGAGGGCGACGAGUGCGGAUCCACGGGAGUGUGCGACAAGAGCGGCUGUGCAUGGAACCCCAACCGCAUCGCGCAGCCACACUACUACGGCAACAACGACACCUUCAAGGUCGACACCCUCAAGCCCAUGACGGUGGUGACGCAGUUCCCGACCGACGCAUCGGGCAAGCUCGCCGCGAUCCGCCGCCUGUACGUGCAGGGCGGCGUGGUCAUCAAGGCCGAGACGGUGCACAAGGCGGGCCUGCCCGAGGUGGACGCGCUGACCGACCCCUUUUGCGAGGCGUUUGGCAGCCAGCGCUACAUGGCCCUGGGCGCCACCGGGGGCAUGGGCGACGCUCUGGCCCGCGGCAUGGUGCUGGUCAUGAGCAUCUGGUGGGACGAGACCGGCGGCAACAUGCAGUGGCUGGACGGCAUCGCCAGCGGAUCGGGGCCGUGCAACGCCACCGAGGGCGCGCCGGCCAACAUUCCCCUCGUCGAGCCGAACCCCGAGGUCACUUUUAGCAAUCUCAAGUGGGGGGAGAUUGGGUCGACUUUCCAGGGCGGUGCUAGGCGGCUGUGA